UGCGUGCAUUUCUUAUACUGAUUUCUCCCAACUUUCUGAAAAACAGAGAAAGAGCUUAAUUGUCAUUUCGCUGUCGAUGGUAGUAAAAUAUGUUAGCAGUUAACCGUUGUUAAAGAUUUACUAACAAUCACCAUAAAACUAUGAUGGGAGGACAGGCGUUAGACGACGGUGAAAGCCGCACUGUCGGUGGGGGCUAAAGCAGCACUUAGAGCACAAAGGUCAAUGCCCAUCGAUUUAAUAUUAACCAAACGACUGCCUUCUUUUUCUUUCUGAGCAUGUCAAAUGUAUCAUUAUCUGAGAAACAGAAGAAACCAAAGACACUUCCCCUUCCCUUUCAUUGAAAAUUUCCUGCCAACCAAACACUGUAACUGGCCUUUCUCCACUUUCACAGUCCAAACCCCAAAUGCCAAUCCCAACUUUGAAGCUGUUCCCUCCAAUUUCCAUGCCCAUUCACCGCAAAGACCCAACUUGCUUUCCACCCAUAACUUAACAAGCACACACCCAGCUGCCCCUUCUCUUGACAAAUCUCCACCUUUCGAUCAAAAUUCUCUCAAUGAUAUCAUUUCUUCUAAUAAGAUUAUCACUAGCUAUAUUCGAUCAGGUGAUUUGAGUUCCGCUCUCCGAGUUUUCGGAAACAUGACUGUUAAAACGACUGUUACUUGGAACGCAAUGUUAGCGGGGUAUUCUAGAAAACCUGGGAAAUUAACUGAAGCCCAGAAACUGUUUGAUCAAAUUCCUGAAAAAGACACUGUUUCGUAUAAUAUCAUGUUGGCUGGUUAUGUACAAAACUCUGAUAUGGAAACGGUUUGGUCUUUCUUUAAUUCCAUGCCCUCUAAGGAUAUCGCUUCUUGGAAUACAAUGAUUUCUGGUUUCGCUCAAAAGGGAGCGAUGGCGAAAGCAAGGGAGUUGUUUUUGGCAAUGCCGGCGAAGAAUAGCGUUACUUGGAGUGCAAUGAUUUCUGGGUAUGUUGAAUGUGGGGCACUGGAAUUGGCUGAGGAAUUUUUUGAGUUUGCGGCAGUGAAGAGUGUGGUGGCAUGGACUGCAAUGAUAAGUGGGUAUCUGAAGUUUGGGAAGAUAAAAAAAGCUGAGAGAUUGUUUAAAGAAAUGCCGGUUAAAAACUUGGUGACUUGGAAUGCUAUGAUCGCCGGCUAUGUGGAGAAUUGUCGAGCUGAGGAUGGUUUAAAGAUUUUUAGAAUUAUGUUAAGGUACGGUAUUAGGCCAAAUCAUUCAAGUUUGAGCAGUGUCCUAUUGGGUUGCAGUGAAUUGUCUGCUUUGCAGUUGGGAAAACAAGUUCAUCAGCUUGUUUGUAAGUCUUUGUUACGUGAUGAUACAACUGCUUGUACUUCAUUGAUUAGCAUGUACUGUAAAUGUGGAGUGUUGGAUGAUGCUUGGAAACUGUUUCUCGAGACAAAGAGCAAGGAUAUUGUUAGUUGGAAUGCAAUGAUAUCUGGUUAUGCCCAACAUGGUGCAGGUGAGAAAGCUCUCCAUUUAUUUGAGGAGAUGAGGGGUGAAGGAAUAAAGCCAGAUUGGAUCACUUUUGUGGCUGUUCUUCUGGCUUGUAACCAUGCAGGGCUGGUAGAUAUUGGCGUUCGAUACUUCGAUUCUAUGGUGAAGGAUUAUGGGGUUGAACCUAGACCAGAUCAUUAUACAUGUAUGGUGGACCUGCUUGGUCGAGCUGGGAAACUUGUUGAAGCUGUAGAUUUGAUAAAGAAAAUGCCAUUCAAACCACAUUCCGCCAUAUUUGGAACCCUUUUGGGUGCCUGUAGGAUCCACAAGAACUUGGAGCUGGCCGAGUUUGCUGCUCAGAACUUGCUUAAUCUUGAUCCACAAAGUGCAGCUGGUUAUGUGCAACUGGCUAAUGUUUAUGCAGCAACGAACAAAUGGGACCAUGUUGCUAGGGUUCGCCGUUCGAUGAAGGACAAUAAGGUAGUAAAGACACCUGGUUAUAGUUGGAUUGAAAUAAAGAAUACAGUUCAUGAAUUCAGAUCAGGGGAUAGGGUGCACCCAGAAUUAGCAUCUAUACAUGAGAAAUUGAAUGAGUUGGAGAAGAAAAUGAAAUUGGCUGGUUAUGUUCCAGAUCUUGAAUCUGCAUUGCAUGAUGUGGGGGAAGAGCAGAAAGAACAGCUUCUAUUAUGGCAUAGCGAAAAGCUGGCGAUUGCCUUUGGGCUUAUCGUAGUGCCAUAUGGGACCCCGAUCAGAGUGUUCAAGAACUUGAGAGUUUGCGGUGAUUGUCACCGUGCCAUCAAGUACAUAUCAGCCAUAGAAAGAAGAGAGAUUAUUCUUAGGGAUACUGUUAGGUUUCACCAUUUCAUGGGUGGAUGCUGUUCUUGUGGCGAUUACUGGUAACUUUGCAUGCUUCCCUAGUUUUCAGCAUUUCCCUUUCACUUUAACUGUUGGAAAUUUAGAUGUUUGUCAAAUACACGCUUCAUAAUACAACGUUUUCUUGGGAGGAAA